GGACGUUAAUGUUGGAGUGAAAAUUUUACGAGAUACUCAGAUAAUUUGCCAAACAAAGAACCACAGCUACCUACACACAAAUACAAACGUACGUCAGAUAAAAAAAUCAACCGACGAAACAACUCUGACUAGGUAGCGCAUCAUUCCAACACAACGCAACAACAUUGGUGGUGAAAAAAGUCUCGACAUACAUACCUACCAGUGAAUGUAAAUCCCAUAGUCAUCCACUUUAAACAAUUAAACAAACAAACAAAAACAGUAAUAAUAAAUUAGUUAUCCAGCAUCGCUUGGCAAUGACGGUGGAUUCACAAAACCAGCAAAUGUAAACGGCAAAAAUGGUUUCGAGUAACCACAAAUCCCACACUGAAAAUAUGGAAAGUAAACAACAACGGCAUCAGCAGCAGCAGCAGCGUCAUCAUCAAUCAGUGAGCUGUGACAUACUUUUGAAUACUUUUCAAAUUAAGAAGAAACGCUACAAAGUACUACUCAACUAUGAUCACCUUGUGUGGGAGCGAUCGGAUGCUAAACACUGCCAGACCAUCAACAAUUCAGGGAUAAACGAGAAAACUUUGACUCCAACAGUAGCAGCACAAGGUAUUAAUGUAGCUGCAGCUCAAAAAGAAGCUGAAUAUGAACGUGAACAAUUAUCUCAACGAGCGAGUUAUGGAAAUUGCAGUAAUGUUGUACACCUACGUGAAGUGAUACGAGUUUCCAAAUCGACCACAGUUCGAAAUGCUCACAAUCCCCUAAAUGAAGGAGGCGUAAACUCACAACCAUCACAAGGUGCAACUACUCCUAAGGAUACAUUUUUAUCAAUCUAUUAUGCCGAACGUAUUGUUGCCUCACCAACCGACUGUAAUCGUUGGCACAUUCGACGACUCACGUUACACAACAAAGAUCCCUACAUUGUGGCAAAAUGGUUUGACAAUUUGCAGAACCUCGUAGAGAAUUCAAGGCAGACGCGGAUCAAACGUUUGCUAGUUUUCAUCAACCCGUAUGGUGGACGUAAGAUGGGUCUUCAGGUCUAUGAACGUUCCUGUAAAUCGACAUUCCAAUUGGCCGGUAUUGAUGCCUCCUGCAUAAUUACCCAGAGAGCUAAUCAAAUUCGCGAUAUUCUUAUGUCGCAUGAUUUGACACCGUUUGAUGCAGUCUGCUGUGUUGGCGGUGAUGGUACGGUAGCUGAAAUGAUUAAUGGCCUCCUAAUGAGAUCGAUGCAAGAUGCCGGCGUAUGUUUACGACGACCCGACAACAUUCCAAAACCCAGUUUGCCGGUGGGCAUAAUACCGGCCGGCAGCACAGAUACUGUGGCAUAUAGUUUACAUGGCACCUCUGAUCCACAGACAGCAGCUAUUCAUUUGGUGUUGGGCAGAAAACGUGGUCUAGACGUUUGUAGUAUUCGAAAUGCGGAUGGUAUCAUACGCUUUUUCGCCAGUACCAUGGGCUAUGGCUACUUGGGAGACGUUGCCGCCAAAAGUGAGAAAUAUCGUUGGAUGGGUACAAAGCGUUACGAAUACACAGGAGUUAAAUCAUUUCUUUUGAAUCGAGGCUAUGAAGCUGAAGUGAAAAUUCUUCUCAAUGAGGAUGAGCCAGAUGGCGGAGAUGCCACCACACCAGAAAUUAUUUGCAACGUUAAUUGUGAAACAUGUAAACCAGACUCAUCAACAGACAUUGACAUGGACAAGCCUUCGUCAUCCAAGACAUCCUUGCAUUCUGAUCAAAAGGUUGAAACUAAAAGGUCCAACCAUACCCUGGACUAUAAACAUUCCCAGCCACUCGGUGGUAACAACUACUGUGAUAUUCAAGAUUCCACCAACAAACAAAAGAAUCCCAUUGUUGAUAGUAGCGAUGUUAAUCUUGCCUUGGAAGAAAGAUCAAAUUCACCCAGCAGUUCAUCAUUGUCGAACAGCGACAAUAUGCAACAACAGGAACAAUACGAAUUUCCUUCAAGCGAAGCCCAAAGUAAUGGGAACGUGCCAAAAUGGCGCAUUAUAAGGGGUGAAUUUUUUAUGGUAACUACAACGAACAUUACAUGUGCCUGUAGCCGCAGUCCGAAUGGCAUGUCGAAAUAUUGUCAUUUGGGCGAUGGACAUUUGGAUGUUAUUUUGGUGCGCAAAUCGAAUAUGUUUAACAAUUUACGAUUUGCCAUCAAUACAAUGGCUCGAAAUGGUGAUAUUCGAACAUUGCCCUUUGUGGAGAUCUAUCGCACAAAACAAUUCAUCUUUAAUGCCAAACCAAAUAUGACGCCUCAGGACUAUAAUAGUAUACGCGGAUCUUGCCAGCCCAUUGCCGAUUCGUAUGCCGAAGCUGAAACCAAUUUGCCAAAUAACAUUUAUUCUUCAUGGAAUUGUGAUGGUGAAGUAAUUACAGAUUUGGAAAUAACAUUAACUUCGCAUAGGCAAUUGAUUGAUGUCUUCAUGCGGGGACCCUAUAUUUACAGUAAACCAUCGAAGAACUUGGAAAACAACUCAAUUUUUUGUUGCUGUCACUCGGAUUCGUAAAGCACGACAUGAUGAGCCAUUACGAGGGGAGAGCAAAUCUAAAUCCAUGAGCAACUAAUAAUUUUAUUUAAGUAUAAGUAGAAUAUUAUUUAUGUGUGAUACAUAUUAAGGCUGUUUCGUUUAUUAUUAUUAAAUCGUAGAUUUGGUUAAUCAGUAAAUUAGACAUAAAUUAUGAAAAUACGGUGAUUUGGGUUUCCUUUGCUUUAUAUGUAAGUCUGUUUGUACGUUUAUUCACAAUGUUACUGAUUCUCAAAGAAGAGGGCACACAACAAACUGUAUUAUUUGAUAUUAUUGGAUUGUUUUUAUCUUUAAACUUUCAAGAAACUUUAAACUUUAUUGCGAACACUGAUGUAUGAGAAGGUCUAUGUUUACUGCAAUUGAGCAUUCCUAUAUAUAUUUUAUUUGGUUUGUUAUUUUAUUUAUGUAUGUAUAUCACUCUUGAUUAAUAGAAAUACAAAUGGUGGACACACUUUAACAAUAUCCAAAAUAAAUUUGUUUUUAUUUAAACUGUUUAUUAUUUCUUCUCUUAAGUUUUGUUGGUAUGACCAAUAAAAUGUUCAAAAUUUGUAUUCAUUAACCCUUUUGGUGUUUUUGUCAAAUACGUUUGACAUUUUAAAGUACUCUCUUCCUUUGCGAUUUUUUGAUCUUCCUAUAUACCGUUGUUUUUGAUGUUUUUUGAUUUUUUUUCAAUGACAGACACGUGUGCUAUUUAAAAAUAUUGCAGUUCUCUUACAUUAGUUUAGGAUUCGAAUUUCUGAGCGCAUUUUCGUAAAUUAGUAUGGGAUUUGUGAAAACAAUGUAUUUUUGAACCAAAAAUCAGAUUUUCUGCAAUCGCAAAAUAUCGGAAAAAUAUGUGAAUAUUGUAACAAGUGUAAAAACCCCAUAUAAAAAAGAAAAAUACAAACAUUGUGUAUUGCCUUUUGGAAACAUUUUUGGGUUGUCGAAUAUAAUCGAUAUUGGCUUACAGUAAAUACACGUGUACUGGCAAACUCAAGUAUUUUUUUCUUAAUUUUCCCUAGAAAAUGGGAUCAUGAUAUCAUGAAGAUACUUGAAGAACAUUCGGAUGUUGAGGAUGCAAUCGAAGAUGAUGACAAGGUUUGUUUUGACGUGUCACAAGUGUGAGCACAGGACAUUUUGCCUGGGGAAGCAAUAUCAGAAGAAAGUAUUGAUGAAAAUCGCCAUACGUAUACGCUCAAAUGUAAAAUAACUUGGUGUGCAGUUCGAAAGCCAGAAGAUCACGAAGGCAUUGCCAGGUUCUGACAACACAAACAUAUUUGGAAUUGGGACGCCGUUCUCAUAUUUCAGUAAAUAUAUAACCGAUCAGCUCUUUUCGAAUGCAGACUAUUAUAUAACUAUUUAUUUACAUAGCACGGGACAGUUGUCUGUCAAAUAUGUUGCCAAAAAUAGAUUGUCAUGAUGGAAAAAUAUAUAUAUAGAUUGUUAUUAUGUAAGUGCUUUGUCAAAAAUAUUAAAAUCACAAAUAUAUUUUUAUUUCUUGAAAAAGUGA